UACAAGAAAAAAAAACCCCAAUAAAUAAGUACAUGACUAUAUACGAUAUUCGACAGAAUAAAUAGUCACGAAGAAGAAAAUAAUUCUACAUACAUAUAAAAAAUUUAUUGGGAGAGUGAAACAAAAGAAGAAAAAACAUGAAUAUAACGGCCUAAUUGGUCUCCAUAAUAAUCUCCUCUAUUCUGCUUCAGAAAUUCCCCAGAAAAAGGUUAUGUUUGCUUCAUGGUAGCAUCGUGUGAAAGGCUCAAUGAGUACAUCUGCACUGGGGAAACCAUCUUCAGGCAAAAGAAGAUUGAAAGAUCUCUUAAGUCAAAGUGAUAAUCGUGUAUGUGCAGAUUGCUCGGCCCCUGACCCAAAAUGGGCAUCAUCAAAUAUUGGAGUGUUUCUAUGCUUAAAAUGCUGUGGUGUUCACAGAAGCCUUGGUGCAAAUAUUUCAAAGGUUUUGUCUGUGACAUUAGAUGAAUGGAACGAGGAAGAUAUUGAAGCCGUGAUUGAGGUUGGAGGGAAUGCAUCAGCGAAUUCGAUCUAUGAAUCUUACCUCCCAGAAGGGGUGUCGAAGCCAGCACAUGAUGCUGGCCAUGAAGAACGCACACAAUUUAUCAAGUCUAAAUAUGAGCAACAAGCAUUCUUGAAGCCUAGUCUGCGCAUUCAAGCCGGAGCUGCUGCAAAGAAUUCCUCACAACCGAUUUCAUCGCGAAAUAUUGUCAACAGCCAACAAAGUUCGAGUACAUCAGAAAACUUAGAAUUUCUUGGAAAAAUGAAGGUUAAAGUAGUUAAAGGCUCGAACUUAGCUGUUCGAGAUAUGCUAUCAAGCGAUCCAUAUGUCUUGCUGAGUCUAGGCCAGCAGAAAGUGCAAACGAGCGUGGUGAAUAGCAAUUUGAAUCCGGUGUGGAACGAGGUGCUUACGCUUUCUGUUCCGCACGAUUACAGCCAGAUCAAACUGCAAGUUUAUGACAACGACACGUUCACAGCCGAUGACAUAAUGGGAGAGGCGGACAUAGACAUCCAGCCUAUGAUCACUGCAGCACUGGCAUACGGAGACGCCAAGAAGUUCGCGGACAUGCAGAUAGGGAAGUGGCUGAAGUCGUACGACAACGCCCUCAUAGAGGAUAGCCCGGUCAAUAUCGUGGCGGGGAAGGUGAGGCAGGAGCUGUGGCUAAGGCUCCAGAAUGUAGAAUCUGGUGAACUAGAACUUGAACUAGAGUGGGUUCCUCUUUGAACCCAUUACCUUUUUCUUUUUGUGUACACUCACACACGCACACCAAUUUUCCCACAAUCUCCCACUGUUGUUGUUUUUGAGAAUACAUUUAAUCAUGUAGUACAGAUUUUUUCUCUGUUUUUUUUU